UGCUACACACGGCGCCUCCCAGAGUGUAUGUCACAGGACCGCCCGGUACAGGUAAAACUGUGGUGCUGCUGCUGAUGGCCAUAGAGUGGCUGCGAUGUGGUCACCACGUCUACAUUGUCAGUAUUUGGAAGAAGAGUCGUGCAGCGUGCACCAUGUUGUAUCACCUGUUGCUGCAGACAGUAAAGACACAACAGUCAGCAGGUGUAUCACCCGGUCAGCCUCAACUCCUGCAGUCUCAUGGCGGUAAAGACGUGUUUAAGGUCGUCAACGACUUGUCACAGGCGGCGAGCGAAGGGUCGUUGUACGUCAUCGCUGAUGAAGUAGGGAGUGAUCUGAUUCCUGACUACAGAAUCAAGAACUUCCAGACUUUGUGUGAGUUGCUGCUGACACGAGUUCCUCGUCUCAAUCUGUGGGCGGCAAGUUGUUACCAUGAACAAGCACCCGCCGGCUGGCAAGUAGAAUAUUUAACCAGACCCCUCCGCUCUCCUCCGGCUGUCGUCAGGGAAGUCGAGCAGGACCAGAGGAUCACUACACACAGUGAGGUACUGCCGUACAGAGAGCGAGGUGUGCCCGACCACACAGACGGCCCGCCAGUCACACGACUGUAUCACCGAGGUCAGGGUCACUCAGGUGACAGGCCAGGUGAAUGUGUGACGUGCGGUCGUGAGGUGGCCAGCUUCCUAGACAGUCUCCGUGUUGGUGUUACAGGGAGAAGCACAACAACAUCUACAACAUUGACCUCUACCAGUGGCGGCACAACACCACCCUGUCUACAGUGGAGAGACGUGCUGGUGUUGUACUGGAAUAACGAUAGUGAUCAGCCGGGUGUGGUCACAGGACUUCAAGAAGCGGGUAUCCCAGUGCGGGUGAUGGAGGAGGAUGACAUCGAGGACGUGGCCACGGCCCGCAGUGACGUGGUGUGGGUGGCGGGUGUGAAUGGUGUUCGUGGUCUGGAGAGAAAAGUCGUCGUCUGUCUGGAUGACGUUGAAUACUUUUUCUUUAGAUCUGAGUUGUUACAACUUACCUCUCCCCGACUUGACCUCAUGUCCCGCUGUACGUCACAACUUGUGAUUGUCUCCCCUGACGACAAGCCGCUAGAAGGUGACUGACACUGACACUGACACACCUGUCACCUGCUGUACUUGUGUGUCAGUCUCAUACAAUAACAAUUGUCUUUUUGUGUUUGUCCUCUUCCACUCUCAGUCUAUCACCACGUCAUCAUGUUAUGAUGUAAUAGAUAUGACGUCAUUACAGAUGCGAUGAUGUGGGCCGGCCACUGGCCACGAA